AUGAGGAGCUUGGUUGCGCUGCUGUGCAUGGUGGUGGCGGUGAGCGCCGUCUCCUUUGUCGACGUGGUCAAAGAGGAGUGGGACGCCUUUAAGAUGGAGUACCAGAAGGAGUAUGGGAGCGAGGUCGAGGACCAGUUCCGGAUGAAGAUAUACGCCGAGAACAAGCACAAGAUCGCGAAGCACAACCAGCGCUUCGCCCAGGGCCUCGUCUCUUACCGCCUGAAGGUGAACAAAUAUGCCGACAUGCUCCACAACGAGUUCGUGAACGCCAUGAAUGGCUUUAACAGCACCGCGAAGCAGACGAUCAACGGCUCCGAGAUCCGCGGGGCGACAUUCCUGCCGGCGGCUAACGUUCAGUACCCGGACCAUAUCGACUGGCGCGAGCUGGGCGCCGUCACUGAAGUCAAGGAUCAGCGCAUGUGCGGUUCCUGCUGGUCCUUCAGCUCGACCGGUGCCUUGGAGGGCCAGCACUUCCGCAAGAGCAAGAAACUGGUCUCCCUAUCGGAGCAGAACCUAGUUGACUGCUCUACCGCGUACGGCAACAACGGCUGCAACGGCGGCACUAUGGACAGCUCCUUCAAAUACGUCCAGGAAAAUAAAGGGAUCGAUACGGAAGACAGCUACCCCUACGAGGGGGUGGAGAAACAGUGCAGAUACAACCCCAAGAACUCCGGCGCCGACGACGUGGGCUUCACGGACAUCCCCACUGGCGAUGAGGAGAAGCUGAUGCAGGCGGUCGCGACUAUUGGACCCAUUGCUGUGGCCAUCGACGCCUCUCAACCAGCCUUCCAUCACUACUCGGAAGGUGUUUACUACGACGAGAACUGUUCCAGCACCAGGCUGGACCAUGCGGUGCUGGCGGUAGGCUACGGCACCGAUGAGAAAGGUGGCGACUACUGGCUGGUGAAGAACUCCUGGGGCCUCUCUUGGGGCGAAAAGGGCUACAUCAAGAUGGCCCGAAACCGUAAAAACAACUGCGGCAUCGCCACCGAAGCCUCCUACCCCAUCGUC